GAGCCCAGAGCGGUGAGAUAGUCAGGGAGUUCAUGCUCGGACACAUACACCCCCAGCACUCGCUUUUGCUCUAUGAAGGACUGGAGCAUGUAAUACGUGCUGUUCCAGCGCGUCUGUACGUCCCGCUGCAGUCUCUUUAUUGGCUGGUUGAGCUGUCCCUGAAUGUCCUCAAGGCGGGAGUAGGCUAAGGCGGAAUGUUUAAAAUGCCCAACUAUUUUCCGUCCCACUGCUAUUGUGGUGGAUCAAAUUUGAUUAGUUUUGGAGUUGUACAUCUCUGUUCCUUACAUUUCAUGUCAUGCCUUUAUUAAUGUUUUAUUUGUUGCUUUGAUUGUUUUCGAAUAGAAUAUGCAGUGGGAAUAUAGAGGGAGAUAAGUAGUGAAAGUUCUGUCUGGGUUGAUUGUGCGUCGAUCCAUUGGUAAUGCCUCAGGGCUCCAGUAGGUGGGUUCGCGCGCCUCCUUCACUCAAUACAGACGAGUGAGAGUGAGAGCUGCGUGUCUGUGCCGUUCUUUCACCUCUCCUCACUAUUUCCCCUGUUUAAGGGCACAACAUUUGGAGGCACCGCUGGGAUGAUUGAUUUGAGGACCAUCCCUGACCUGUAAGAGAAAUCCUCUCGUUGAUCAUCCCCCCCGAGACGACCCAGGUAUCAGAAAGGAGCAUAGCGAAGCAGCAGAGGCAUUGCUAGACCUACGUUGGUGUCUGUAUCCUGAAGUGAAAAAGUGACCACUAGGGGGCAGUAAAAGCCAACUAAGUCUGAUCAUUUCUCAGCUGACUGCUUGUGCUAACUCCUCUGACAACAUGGAGUCUGAAUUAGAAAAGCUAGAGCUGGAGAUUAAAGGAACACUGUAUCAACUGACCUUAGAGCAGCUGAUUAAAUUAUGUGAUGUACUUCAAAUCUCCGGACCAGGAAAAGAGUUUGUGAUUAAUAAAACGCGCAGUCAGCUAGUCUCACAUUUAGUUAAGCACCUUGAACGAACAGAGCUGGCUACCCGAGAGGACGAAGGUAUGUCAGAACUUCUUAAUGUCCAGGACAUUAUAAGUGACAUACAAAUGGAUAAAAAACAAAGUGUGAAUGAAACAGUGGACCCAGCUGUUCAGGACCAAGAAAGUAGCCAGGAGGAGAUAGAGACAUUAAGACUGCUCUUACAACAAAAAGAGGGUGAAAUGCAUGACUUGAUGAGGAAUAGCAUGAAUCCUGCCUUAAGUCCCCGCACCCCAGUGAGAAACAUUGUUCCAACAGCACCAAACAGUUCCAUGUGGCGCAAAGAUUUUAAGAUAUCAGGCCAAAUAGGAGAGCCGGGGCAAAAAGACAGGCUGACAUUUUCUAGUCUGGCCAGACAAAUUGAAAGCGGGAUCAAUAGAGGCAACCCAGAAUCAGAAAUCACUGAUGCUGUAAUUCGUGCUAUCAUGCCAGGCUUGCAGCUAAGGAGUUAUCUUGAAGGAAAAGAAAACCUCACAUUACCUGCUCUUAGGAGAAUCCUCAGGUCUCAUUACCAGGAGAAAGGUGCCACAGAGUUAUACAAACAACUUACCUCUGAGGUUCAGAGUAGUAAAGAGACACCCCAAAAUUUCUUGAUCAGGACAAUGGACUUGAGACAGAAAAUCCUGUUUGCUUCUCAGGAGGUUGAGUCCAGUCUAAAAUAUGACCCGGCACUAGUCCAGAGCCUUUUCAUGCAUACUGUCCUGACUGGUCUUCAGAAUGACAAUAUUAAAAGUGACCUGCAACCUUACCUCCUGCAAACAAAUACUUCAGAUGAGUUAUUGCUCGAGAAGGUAAAUAUCGCAGUCGCAAAUGAAAAGGAAAGACAGGACAAAAAGAAACACGCCGCUCCAUCACGAGUAACAGCUGUAAAUACUGUCCAGUCUAAUGAUUCCCCAGUGGGAAAGAGAAGCACAGCCCAAGAGAAACCAGCUCCUCUACCCCCUGAUCUUCUAACAGAAAUAAAAGAAAUGCGUGCUGACAUGGUACUGCUGAAAGACUUGAGGGCUGAAGUUUCCCAAAUCAGAGAAACCAUUCAAAAGACAACCCCAGCACCUCAGCAGCCCUUCCCCAUUAAGGCUGAACAAAACUGCAUGCCAUUUUACCACCAGCACCCUCCUGCAGCAGCACAGGAAUACCACUCAGCACAUGGACCUGGGCAUGUGCAUGGGACAGCACAGUUUCAGCAAAGAUUUGCACCACAGCGAUAUUAUCCCUCACCACGUCACCGCCCCAGAUGUUUUGCAUGUGUGCAGGCAGGUGAGGAAUAUUGUCAGCAUUGUUUUAGGUGUGGGAGUAGUGAGCAUUUCCGUGCAGGUUGUAAAGCACCUAGACUGACCAAAUCAGAUAAAGGGAGCCCUUUAAACUAAGGGAGGUUGCUCCCACGGGACAUGGGGCAACCAACAGCAUUGAAAAGUCCCAAUAUUGUGCUAACUGUGAAGGAAAGGAAGAAAAUAUGAAGUUAAAAUGUUGUUCUGUUUGUAAAAUAACAUUGUACUGCUCAAAAGACUGUCAAGAGACACACUGGUCUGUGCACAAAAGAUACUGUAAGCCAUAUACAUGUUCAUCUAUUAAGAAACAGGAAACACAGUCAAGUUGCAAACCAAAGUGUAGGAAAAGAAGUAACUCAGUGAAGACGCCUACUGUAAAAGACAGUUCAUGUUAUCUAAAGUAUUUUCAUAAACUCAAUACAGACGAGUGAGAGUGAGAACUGCGUGUCUGUGCCGUUCUUUCACCUCUCCUCACCAUUUCCCCUGUUUAAGGACACAACACUAUAGCAUCAGCUAUGCUCCUCUGUGCUAAUAAGCAUGGUUAAAUACACGUGGGUAAACUCUUUGUACUCGUUGUCGUGUUGGGAUUUUAGGUGCUUGCUUGUGUUAAAUGCGCUACCUUUUGAGCCUCCUCUGGACAAUUUCGCUGAGCACAAUUUGCAGUCCGCCUUUGUUUUCAGGUCUUCGUUCACUUUGAAAUAGUUCCACACGGCUGACAUGUCUCGCCUUCUCCCCGCUCUGUAGUGGUGGGCGGAUCGAUCCAAAUAUCAAUAGUAUCGAUCCCAAGUCGGGAUCGGUAUCGGAUCGAUACUAGCCUGGUUAGAUCGAUUCUUUACUUUGAGUUCUGCUUGUUUGCUAUGCUGUGCUUUCGGCAAAAACGAAACAACCAGGUCGCUGGACUCACCGCUCCUGUGUCAGCAGAGAGCAGGCACACUUUGCUCCC